AGCGGCUGCAACGCUGCCCUCAUUUGCGAUAUCGCAUGGACGUGUGGAGCGAAGUCGAAAAGAACAUGAAGUGGAUUGCGUUGGCUGCCGUGGUGCUUUUCGCCAUCUUUAGCAUGGUGUCGUCGUGGGGCGGCGGCGGUGGCGUGUCGGCCAGCGCCAGCCACAUCUUGGUGAGCACGGAAGACGAGGUCGACGACUUGUUGGCGCAAUUGCACAAAACCGCGGAUGGGUCGGAAGCGCAGUUGAAGCUGUUUGCGGAACUGGCCAAGGCGCACAGCAAGUGCCCCAGUGGAUCUCGCGGUGGUGGUGCGUUGGGCAGCUUCGGCCGGGGCCAAAUGGUGCCUGAAUUCGACAAGGUUGUGUUCGAAGAAGCGGUGGGAAAGAUCCACAAGGUCAAGACCCAGUUCGGGUGGCACUUGGUCCUCACGACCCAACGCACUGACCCGAACGAAAAAGCACCCGACGCCGCGGAAGAAGAGGACAAGAAGGACUUGUAAUCUCGUGAAUCCAUUUACGCAUUCACCA